AACUCACUCCGAUGCUACGGAGACAUCCCCAGCAACGGCAGCAGCAGCUCAUACCUAUUAUGCAGCAUAGUUUUAAUAAAGUGUCAACUUCAACAGCUACCGCGGCUUAAAAACUACCACCAAGUUCUCCUCAUUAUAAAACGCUACCGUGUGCUUCUUCCUGUCAUCCUAACUCCGUAGCCUCCUCGUCGUCCUCUUCCUGUGAUAUCACUUAUUAUAACCCGGCCGAAGACGAUCGUUGAUUAAAACUGCCCCUGAGUCUUCGAUGAAACCACCGUACAAGAAAGAACGUCACACGGUAGCAUGUCGAGAAAAUUAUUUCAAUACACCGAUUCGUUAAAUUCCAGCUUUGUCGUCGUACUACCUGGAUUCCUAUCUCCAAAGUAGAUUUCUCGACAAGCUCGUUACGAACGUACGAGGUGAUAAAUUGAUUGAUUAUUUUCAAUCAUCACUUCUCCCAUGGAUGUCUUACCGUAUACCAGUGAACCUUACGGGACAUUUCACACCGUUUUAUUCGGCAUGUGAUUACGUUAGCUAGUUAUCAAAGUAAGUGUUGGCUCAGAGAAACAUCCUCGUAUUCUUCAAUCUUCAUUCAUUCUUCCCUGUUGGGGUACUCGAUGAUCGUUCAAUACAUCACAUAGGCGUAAGCAACUCUUCGCGUGGAAUCCUCCGUAGAAGAAAAAGAAGUUCGAAGAAAAAAAUAAACUAAAACUCGAUCCGAUUAGCGCUUUGCAAAAGAUACAGAUUCUCGGAGGAAAUUCACUGAGAAAUGACUUACGCUAUCGGUAUGGAUGCGGGGCAUAAUAAGAUAUAUUGUGUCGAUGAUCCGUAAAAUUCGCGCUCACCGCAGAUCCUGCAGGAUGCACCGGCUGCAUCUGCAGCAGCAGCAAAAGCAGCAGCAUCGGCAUCGACAUCAUAGCCUUGUAGGUUCGACGCGGAUGUAAGCGUCCGUAUAGCUUGAGGGGGUGAAGAACGACGCCCAUGGGCUUCAAAGAAGUAUAGAAGUACGUCCCAACGAUUACGCCGUACUUGUUACUACCUACAACGUACUUAUGUUACUUUUAAAACUGCUUAUUACUGUGAUUACCAGCGCAUAAUGCCGCCCGGACGAGGGUUCUACAAUUUAUUAUUGAAUUGCUAUAAUGCAGUGAUCGUUCGGUUGUGUGGCUCCAGCGCUGUGCCUUUAGUUCAACGGGCUGCAGUAAGGAUCUUUAUAUUCGAGUCCAAGGGUUAUUUUAUAUAUAUUUUCUUAGGGUUCAUAUACUCACAAUCGGUGGUGGCGGUCCGAUCUCUCUACGCUUAUACUACUCUAGGUGUAGCCAGGUUGUUCGAUGUUCUCUCCGUUAUUUUUCAUUUUUCAGCUUUGAAAUUUGUACAUGCAAACCAUGAGAAGAUCCCCGUAAGUGUCAUACAGAAAAGAACGCUGAGUUUCCUGCACUUUCAGCGCAUCGUGGAUUUCAAAGGUAUACGAGAUAGUUUCGCAUGGUGAAUUCGCGUGGUAAAUUCGAACCAUCUUGGGGAGCAUUACACGUAAUUAUAUACUCUGCACAUACGCUGAUAUGUGUAUGUAGUGUAGUGUGGUGUAAUAUACGUCAGAGGAUCGUAAGAGGUGGUAAUUUUCCCAAUAACGAGAAAUAUGCGGAAGGAUCCGAAGAGAUAAUAUCUGUGUAACACGAGUCGAUAUGGAUAAGGGUAAAUUCUCUACUGCGUUCUACAGCCUCUAGAUGAAAUUUGUCGAGCACUCAUUCAAUUAAGACUACAAUAACCACCAAACUCUUCCAAGAUGCCUACAGCGAACUAAUAUAGAUUUUGUACAAAUUAUUUCCCACGAUCCAGUGAAAUAUUUUCUUGACAGAAAAACGGAUCGUAAUAUUCUAAUUUUUAAGGGUGGCUUGAUUUAAAUUUCGGAUCCUAAACGAUAAGCGCCAACAAUUCGAAAUAAAAGUAAUUUCUUGGUUCAAAAAUAAGUAAAAAUGAAUUAGCAUAGAAUAUAGUUUUUAAUAAGUGAGUUUUAGUGUACCCAUGGUUGCAUAAGUCGUAAUUUGAAAAUAACUAAUUUAAUGCGAAUUCGAUUUCAUUAAUUUGUUUGAAAUUCGAAGUUGGGUGGCGCGGUGACGGCGAACAGAGACAACCUUAUGACAAUGAUCAAACCAAUUUUCUUACCAGCCGUCAACAAUAAUAGUCAUCGGUGAGAGAUUCGAAAAAAUCUGUAGAUAAACAAAUGGAGCGCUACCCAUUUUGUCUAAUUAUCAACAAUUUUAGUCCGAGCCAGCAAUGCAGUACAAUACAACCAGAGCAGCGUGAAACGCGCGGAGGGCGCGAAGUUGUAGAUAUUUAAUUCUUGAUUGUUGUGUUAACAACCGGCUCGAUGUCAGAGACUAACCUAUGAGAUUCGUAGUGUCGUCGUACUGAAGAAAUUUAAAAAGUAUUGUCUCGAAGAUGCAACACAGUGUGCCUUUUACACCGGUACAAUUGGAUCCAUCUACAGCAUUGAAAAUCACGAUGGGCAAUUCAAUGUUUCAAGAAAGAUCCCUGAUGGGUCGUCCUGACGUUUGGCACAGGAUAAAAAUAUUUAGAGCAGCUCGAUUCGAAAAAGACUUUGUCUUGAAACUCAUAGUGAAUGCUGUUGAGCCUGCAGACCUGAUUCCAGUGAAGUACCAAGCUUGUGGUGAAGACACCGUAUUCAUAGCCAGGAAUUGCGGGCCAGCUCUUGAUAAGCUCUGCAGAUCAAACUUGAUUAUCAACAACCCUGGGGGAGACUCACUGGUGGUUGAAAUAAUAUUGGGAUAUGCUUCGAUUCACGAUCUCAAAGUGAAUAUGCAGUCUUUGCUACUGACUGCUCUGAAAAGGAGGUAUGACAAUAAAAAGAAAAUUCUUCACUUGGACAGAUUCGAUAAGGAUAAAGACAUGUCCAAGACUGUUUAUUGUCCAUUGUCGCAACUCAGGACCUUUAGCUACGUCCUGAAAGUAGCAAGAAAUGCGCUGCAUGGUUUUGAGCACCUGAAUUUGCAGCACAAUGAACUAUUCAAUCUAUCUUCCAUCGAGAGUUCUAAUCUAAGUCCUAUGUUGAAAUCGCUGGACCUCCGGUAUAACAAACUGCUAGGAAUGGAGGCGCUUACUCCUUUACGGGGCCUGCAUAUCACAGACAUUUGGCUUGACGGGAAUCCCGUUUGUGAGAAUUAUUCCAGCCCAGAACAGUACAUUGAGUCUGCACGAAGAUAUUGUCCUCAAUUAACAAAGUUAGACGGAGUUUAUAUUGGAGCACCAGGAAUGCCUUUGACCUAUAACACAUUCUUUCGUACUGGUGAAAAGAAGAAACUUGCAAAUCAAUUUGUUGAACAUUUCUUUACACUCUAUGAUCAGAAAGAUAGAAUGAUAUUGAAGGGUCUCUACCAUAGGGAAGCUUUUUUCUCAAUGACAUUGGGUAUCCCCCCUGCCUUGGCAGCCAAAAAAGGCUUGGAUAAAUUCAUUGCUGAAAACAGAAAUCUUGUUAAAUUAGCUGAUCCUGCAAGAAGUAGUAAACUACUUUUUCGUGGGACUGACAAUAUUCUGACAGCCUUAAUGAAACUACCACUUUCUCUGCAUGACAGCAGCUCUUUCAGAUGUGAUUUGCUGUAUGAUAAUGAUGAUCUGGUUAUCAUAGCUGUCGAAGGAGUCUUCAAAAUCCUCGAAAAGACUCCACAGAUUCUAUCAUUCAACAGAACCUUCAUAUUGUUAGCUGGAGAAGACAACGAGUAUAACAUAAUCAAUGAUCAGUAUCACAUUGAUUUUGCUCCACUAGGUAGAUCUAUAGACAUUUAUCAAGAUGAGGCAAUGGAGACUACUUUUAAGCCAACUUGUUUCAACCACAGAGAAAAAAAAGAAUUAAUAAUUACUCUGAGGAAUGUUUCCACAAUGAAUUACGAAUGGUGUUCUAUUUACUUGAAAGAUACAAACUGGGACCUUCGAAAAGCAAUCUCGAACUUUAUGGAAAAGUAUCUGCAAUCAAGUGUGCCUCCACAAGCAUUCCGCUGAUCCCCCAUGAAGAAUAAACAGUGAAACAAUCCAAAACUAUAGUGUCUUACUAAAAAAUGAGCUAUUACUGUGUAAUGGACUCGGAAAUGUUGUUUUACUUCUUUCAGUUGUAGUGAACAUUGAGACUGUCAAAUUGAAAUAAAUAUUUUAUACUUUUUUGAAUUAUAAAAUAACCCUUGUACCAUGGAGAACCAGAACAAACUUAGCAUAAUGGAUUACUCAAAUUUGAUCUUCUGGAACAGUCUGCGGAUAGAAGGUAUGAUGCCAAUG